UAAUCAAUGGUUACUAGGAUCACACCGCUUCUUUCAUAAGAAAUAUCCCAACUUUUAUACAGCUGUUUUUUUUGGAUACUUCAGCAUGAUUAUGAUUAUUUUGAAAACACGCCACCAUGAUGAUCCCAAACAGAUCCAAGAAAUGAUACGUUCCGGGGGCGGAUCGGGUCCGCAGUCGCUUCUGCUUUCAUUAUCACUCUUCCCAGGAUCACACCACCUCUACCCUGAGUCAGAAGACACCAUCAGAUUGGUCUUUUGUGUGCUUUGGAUAUUCGUGGAUCCCUGGUUUGGACUGAGUAUCCGCUUGGACAUGAAUGUGACCUGAAGAGUAAGAAGAUGGCUUUUUCUUCCAUCAUCAUCGCUGUGCUUCUGCUCUGCCUCUUAGCCAGUGGCUCCAUAGGCCCUCAGGCUGAUUGUGAUGUGUACGCUGCAACAGGCUCAAACUUUACUGUGCGACUUCAACAUGUGUUAAAAGACUCGGAUAGCCUGAGAUGGUUCCAGGAUGAAAACCAAAUCUUUUAUCGCAGAAGUAAACAGGUGAUCAGAGGGAAAAAUUAUGAUGUUGAUUCAACUGGAUCACUAAAGCUGACACAACUGACCAAAGACAAGUCAGGACGAUACACCCCACAGGUUCACAGAGCAGAUGGAACCAGUGCAGGAGAUUUACCAAGUGUGCGUUUGUGUGUAUUAGACCCUGUGCAGAAGCCCAAAGUAACAGUGACGUGUGAUAAGACAAAAGUCACUUUUACUUGCGAUGCUGGUCAGGAUGAGAAGAUCGAAUGGUUUAUGGAUGGUGAAACGGUGGCAGAAAAAGAGAAGACGCUGACAAGACCAGCCGAAGACGUGCUAAAUGCUCGUUUCUCUUGCAAUGUUUCUAACCCCGUCAGCUCUGAGAUCAGUCAGCCUGUUCAACAAGACUGCAUUAAGCCCUCUGAUCACAGUGGGAUCUGGAUUGCUGUGGGUAUUUGUAUUUGUUUGGUGGUAAUCCUUGUCAUCAUUUGCUGUGUCCAGUCCAGAUGGAAAAAGUAGGAGAAGGAGCUUCGUUUGCAGAUCACUCAAGAACAGCAGCAGCUGUAGUGAGAGCCUGCAACACUCAAAUAACUGAGCUAAACACCAUUUUGGCCAGCAGCCUCCCAGAACCUCUGAGGGAGACAACAGGAAGAAAUACAAUCAUUAUCCAGCCUCAGUGAUGAGGUGAAAGACUGUGUUUAGGACCCCUCAUUUGUUUACACUGACUGUAUAAACCGGGUUAAAUAUUUUUUGUAGGUUUUGGGUUUCCCUUGUAUAAACAUACUCCAAUUUUAUCUUUAAACAGUUGGAAUUUUCUUUGUAGCAUGGCCAUCUCUGUAGUCCUCUCGGUUGUGGACUCUGGGAUUUAUAUUACAAGCAAAAAGUAUCUCAAAGCCAUGCAUUCAUUUACUGUUUCUGUUUUAAACUGCUUGAAAGGGACUGACUUGUAUUUUCAGACCCAUGAAUUUUCCUAUAAACAUCAGUUUGAAAUGUU